GCGGCGUGUUGUUUCUUCUCUUCCCCCCAUGUUUCUCGUCCCGAGCGUGCAACCCUGUGCCAUCAUCAAUUCCAUUGUAACUUGCUUGAGGCAGGUGAAGCUGGCGGUUGUUGCGGGCGCUUGGCCCGUUGUUGAUUGCUAUCCGUUGUCAGUCCACAACCGACAGACCAUCAUCCAUCACCACCAUCACACAGAGACGCUUCCUCUCGUUCUCACACCCACGUCACUACCUAAUUCUCUCUCUUUCCCUCACCCUUGGCAUCGUGACUCCACGUACAGAUGACCGCAAAAGUCUUUUCUGCCCAAAUCUGCCCUGCCACAGCCCACAUCUGUAUCUGUCCUUCAUCUACUCUUUUCAUCCAACUUUGAUCUUCCACCAUCCGGAUAGACUCGCCGAAAGACACGUACCGGAUCGAUACCUCAACGGUCCAAGAGAGAAAAGUCUACGCUUCACAGCCCUCUUCUGUGGCCCCUUGGAUGUCAUGACCCCAUCAAACCUAGCGGGCCGCCUUCUCCAGAUCACCCUCGCCUGAGGAUCCACGUCUGGACAUAUCAACUGGCAUCCAGGUCCCAUCUCGCAAUCCGCAUUGCUGGCACCAAUAAUCCUCACCGGGAGGUAAACGACCAAACCGCCACCAACAAGCAGCAGCGAACAAGCUUCAGCUCAAUAAGCUCCCUCACCUCGAUCCAUUAUUUUCUCUCUCCCUACCUCCCUUUUGACACUACUCUACACCGCCUCCCAAUCCAAACCGAAUCGUCAACUUGUAUUCAGCUCGCAACGGUGCUACACUCAAUUGCCACUCGCUGAACAACUGGCUCCCUUCUCUUUGGGUCCAUUUACAUACUCCGUGUGUAACAUCACCACCCCUUCUUUGUUUGCACCACAACCCACGCAUCCCAAGUUGUUCUGCAACUACCCAUUCACCAACGCCCAUCGCAGAAAAGCAGCUGCCAAUCACUGCUCCUUCCUCCCCCAAAACGAGGCAGGCGGACUGUCGCUGUCCUGAAAUUCUUCUAUUGCCCUCCGAGCUUCCACCACUCUCCAGGAUCACUACUCUGGGUGACGAGGCAGAAACACCGACCGAACCCCAAAUAAUAAGACCAAGGCAUCACCAUGCCGCGGAAUCCUUCUCCGCUGAGGCGGCCACGGGCGCCUACUAUCACGCUGGAUACUUCAGCCGUGAACGACCAAGAAGACGACCAACACCAACACCAAAUCACAUCGUCACCGUCUUCCUCAGACCACGGCGACGAAAUCAAUAAUACGUUAUCAGUGCCCACGAGGAAGUCACGGUCCCAGUCUUGGGAUUCGAACAACACCACACUAGCAAAGUCGAAAACAAACGAAGGCACUGACAAGAACGCUGCACACCUUUCGGGCUCUCCCAAAGGCUAUGGCGCAAACCCGGACGAAGCCCUGGCACCAAACCCAGGCGAAGAGGCGUCUUUCCAUGUUGACAACAACCCGUUUGCCUACACACCUGGCCAGGUUUCCAAGCUCAUUAACCCAAAGAGUCUAGAUGCCUUCGUGGCCGUUGGAGGUCUUGUUGGCUUGGAGAAGGGUCUACGGACAGACAGGCGCGCCGGUCUGAGUCUCGACGAAUCCCGGCUUGACGGCAGCAUCAGCUUCGAGGAGGCCGUCGCUGCGGGAAAGAAGCUCCCGUCGUCCUCAGACGCUGUGCCAACGGAUGCGCUUCAACAGGAUGCCGCCCACCACGGCGAUGGUGCCGGCAAAGGCUUCGACGACCGGAAGAGGGUAUUUGGGCAAAACAUUUUGCCAGAGAGGAAAUCGCUGUCACUGUUGCAACUCGCAUGGAUUGCGAUGAAGGACAAGGUUUUGAUUCUUCUGAGUGUGGCCGCCGUCAUUUCUCUGGCAUUGGGAUUGUACCAAACUUUUGGAGCAACUCAUCACGGAGAUGACACGGCCAAGCUCGAGUGGGUUGAAGGUGUUGCCAUUAUCGUCGCCAUCACGAUUGUCGUGGUUGUCGGUUCGCUCAAUGAUUGGCAAAAGGAGCGGCAAUUCCGGAAGCUCAACCAGAAGAAGGAGGACCGCAUCGUCAAGGUGAUUCGAUCCGGAAAGCCCGCCAACCUCUCGGUUCACGACAUUCUUGUUGGAGACGUCAUGCUUUUGGAGCAGGGUGACAUCAUACCUGUGGAUGGUAUUUUCAUCGAUGGGCACAACGUCAGCUGCGAUGAAUCGUCUGCAACUGGAGAGUCUGAUCUGAUCAAGAAAGUACCAGCAGACGCCGUCAUGAAGGCACUGCAUGAGGAGGAAGUGAACCCCAAGAAGCUUGAUCCUUUCAUUAUCUCUGGAGCGAGAGUUCUGGAUGGCGUUGGAACGUUUUUGGUCACCGCUGUCGGUCAGAACUCAAGCCAUGGCAAGACCAUGAUGUCCCUCCGCGACGAUCCUGGAAUGACUCCUCUACAGCUCAAGCUGAAUAUUCUUGCGGGUUACAUUGCGAAGCUCGGUAGUGGUGCCGGUCUCCUCCUUCUGGGUGUCUUGACGAUCGAAUUCCUGGCUCAUCUUCCUAAUAAUAGAGACUCUCCCGAGGAGAAGGGCCAACGCUUCCUGCAGAUUCUCAUUACAUCUAUCACUAUUAUCGUCGUUGCAGUGCCUGAGGGUUUACCCCUGGCCGUCACUCUCGCCCUUGCCUACGCUACCAAGCGGAUGACCAAGGAGAACAACCUCGUCCGUCACCUGCAAUCCUGCGAAACAAUGGGUAAUGCCACUGUCAUUUGCUCUGACAAGACUGGUACCCUGACGGAGAAUGUCAUGACUGUCGUCGCCGGCACUUUGGGUACGGGCAACUUCCGCUUCGUUGCCUCUGACGAUCAAUCAACCGAGACCGGCCAGGAGGAUGGGGAGUCGGACGUACAUGUUACUGGAGAUGACAAGAAGUCCCAAGCUUCAACCGAAGUCCCCAUGUCCAAGCUUUCAUCCGCAAUCGACGCGGAUUUCAGAGAUCUUGUUAAGCAGUCCGUUGCGAUGAACACGACUGCUUUCGAAACGGAGGAGAACGGAAAGCAGGUAUUUGUAGGCACGAAAACCGAGACCGCCCUGCUCGAUUGGGCUCGCCGAUGCUUUGCCCUUCAGCAAAUUGCCAUCGAACGCGAGAACUGCCCCGUUCAGCAGCUCUUCCCCUUCAACUCGAAGCGAAAGGCCAUGGGUGCCGUUGUGCGCCUCCCGAACAACAAGUUCCGUUUCUUCAUCAAGGGCGCCCCUGAGAUCCUUUUGGGACAAUGCACCAGCGCCGUAUCAGACCCCACGAAGUCUCCUACGACUGCCUCAAUGGCAUCGGAUCAGCAAGAGCACAUCCGUCAAAUCAUUACCGACUACGCCCGUCGCUCCCUCCGCACGAUUGCCCUUGGCUACCGCGAUUUUGAGCAGUGGCCUCCCGAGAACGCCCGCAAGGAGGAAGGCUCCCAGAACAUCGAGUUCUCCAGCAUCUUUAAGAACCUGACGUGGCUCGGUGUUGUAGGUAUCCAGGAUCCUGUCCGUGCUGGCGUUCCAAAGGCCGUGGAGGACUGUCGCACCGCCUCUGUGUCGGUCAAGAUGGUCACCGGUGACAAUGUCGAGACAGCGAGAGCUAUUGCGAAAGAUUGCGGUAUUCUUACGGAGAAGGGUAAGGUUAUGGAGGGAAUCGAGUUCCGCCGCAUGGACGACCGUGAGCGUGUCAACAUUGUUCGGGAUCUCUGUGUAUUGGCACGAUCCAGCCCCGAGGACAAGAGAAUCCUGGUCAAGGCUUUGCGAAGUUUGGGCGAGGUUGUUGCCGUCACUGGCGACGGCACGAACGAUGCGCCUGCGCUGAAGUCUGCGGAUGUUGGUUUCUCCAUGGGCAUCACCGGAACUGAAGUCGCCAAGGAAGCCUCCGAUAUUAUUUUGAUGGACGAUAACUUCUCGUCAAUCGUCAAGGCCAUGGCUUGGGGCCGCGCCAUUAACGACGCUGUCAAGAAGUUCCUGCAGUUUCAGAUCACAGUCAACAUCACUGCUGUCGUCCUCACAUUUGUCACCGCCGUAGGCAGCGAAACCCAAGAGCCCGUCCUGAACGCCGUCCAGCUUCUCUGGGUUAACCUUAUCAUGGAUACCUUCGCCGCCCUCGCCCUCGCUACCGAUCCUCCCACCGAGAGCAUGCUCCACCGCAAGCCCGAGGCCAAGACCGCCGCGUUGAUCAACACGCCCAUGUGGAAGAUGAUUAUCGGCCAGUCCAUCUACCAACUUAUCGUCACCCUAAUCCUCCACUUUGUCGGUCCCAGCUUCCUCAACUAUCCCACUGGCCAGCAAAAGACGCUCGUCUUCAACGUCUUCGUCUUUAUGCAAAUCUUCAAGCUCAUCAACUCCAGACGUAUCGACAACAAUCUCAACAUUUUUGAGGGCAUCACCAAGAACAAGCUCUUCGCGCUCAUGAUGUCCAUCAUGGCCGGCGGCCAGGUCCUCAUCGUGUUCGUCGGCGGCGCCGCGUUCAAGGUUGAGAAGCUCAAUGGACCGCAAUGGGGCAUCUCCAUCGUCCUCGGCAUCAUCUCCAUCCCCGUCGGUGUCCUCAUCCGCCUCUUCCCCGACUCGUGGUUCGUUGCCAUCGUCAGCCCUCUUGCGUGGGCGUGGUCCAAGAUCCCCAAGUGGAAGCGCAAGAAGAAGACGGACGAGGAGGACAGCGAGCACCUAGGCGCCGGCGGCGUCAAGGAUGCCCUGCUCGAGAUCAGAGACGAUCUCGCCUUCCUCAAGCGCAUCAAGGGAGGAAGAAUCAGCCAGAUCAGCGAAGUUAUCAUGAAGCCUCGCGAGUACCGCGAGAGAACACGCAGCCGGAGCGGGUCCAGAUCGUCGAGCAGACAUAGUGCGUCGCCGAUGAAGGCCGCCCUGGGCAUGCCCGGUAUCUUGGCGGCUAGUGUUGGAGGCUUGUCACCUGUUGAGCGACCGGUGUCACACGACAGCCGGAACACGGAUGGAGAACGCGAUCAGGAGCAGAGUCGCAAAGAAUGAAAGGUUGGAAAGGAAGCCAAGGUAGGUCCUCGCUACCAGGACCUUCCGCGGUGAGCCUCUCAAUAUGCAUUGGGUGCCCCUCGGGAUCAGGGACAUCCAACCCUGUUUGUCUAUCUGAGCGUGUGUUGGCUUUUUCUUUUCUUUUGCCCUUCAAUGUUACGAAUGACCCGACCCGAUCGAGAUCCGACCUGUACUCUUGCCCUUAUUUUCCUUGGACCGAUCGAGAGAUACGACAUAUCCACACCCUGUACGAUAAAAUCCACCAUCAAAACCAAAAGAUAUACACACGCCUGAUAGACCCGACGAUCGUGUACGGUGCGAGACCGAGAGAGAGAUC